CAGGUGAUAAUACUUCUUACAGUACUGCUAUGUAUAACUCUCUGUAAGCAAUUACAUGUCGAUGUCGAUUUUAUGUACUCUAAGAUCAAAAAACCAAAAUUCGACAAACAGCAUCACUCUAUAUAUAAUAUGUCUUUCUCCAAGGUGAGAAAACACAGGAAUAAGGAUAUUUUGAAUAAGACAAUGCUGUUUUGGAAUCCACAACCCUGGUUAAAUGACUGGAUCGGAAAGAAAUGGGACACCUCGGACGUGUUCACUAAAUGUCCAGUUUCUAAUUGUGUUGUGACAAAACAACGUUUAUACAUAAAACAAGCCGACGCUGUUAUAUUUAGAGCAGUGAGGUUUCUUUGUCAGAAGAAGAGCAAAAAAGGGCAGAUAUGGAUUAUGUUCGAACAUGAGUCGCCAAUGAAAUACCAAACGUUAAAUAAUACUUGCCAUCGUAAUCUGUUUAACUGGACAAUAACCUAUCGUCGUGACUCGGAUUUCACGUUUGUACACGGCCAAUUCUCAAAAACCUCUUCGCCCUUCAACGAAAGUUCAAUUGAUAGGAUACUUAAAGCGAAGACAAAGACUGCCGUAGGCUUCAUUAGCAAUUGUUAUACUCAAUCUCAGAGGGAAGAUUAUAUCAAGCAACUACGCAAAUACGGUAUCGACGUUGACAUAUAUGGGAGGUGUGGGCAUCAUCAUUGCACAUCAGGAAACCGGUUCAAUGCUGUGUGGAACAUAACGCCGAGAGUGAACAAAACAAAAGACUGCUUUGAUGUUUUGGAUAGUAAGUACAAGUUCUAUUUAUCGUUUGAGAACAGUUUGUGUGAUGACUACGUCACAGAAAAGUCGCUUCAUCUUGUGUUACGUCACAACAUUGUUCCAAUCAUUAGGGAUGCUGCAAAUCGGACCUUAUUCCAGCCUCCAACUUCUUACCUAGAUACAAAAGACUUUAAAAACGUCAAGUCGCUAGCAGACCGCAUCAAAUACCUGAACAAGAAUUUUGAAGAGUACAAGAAAUAUUUUCACUGGAAAAAACAUUUCUACCCCGAAACAAGUUCUGGAGUGAUAAAAUCCAUCUUAUGUGAUAUUUGUUAUCGUCUGCACAACCAACACAAAUAUCCGAGAGUCUACAGAAACGUAUUCGAUUUUCUACAAUCACGCGGAUCUAAUUCCUCGACUUGUCACCAACCGGUUGACUUUUAA